UAGCCCGCGCGAGUACCACCAAUCAUUCGCCCUCUGACCUCGAAACUCUCGGAGCUCUUUCUGGUCUCCUCUGGCUGUUACCGCGCGGUACCGAAACGUACCCCCCUGCUACCAACCACCACGCCACGAGGAUCAUCCCCGCUCCACGGUCCACCAUUCGCCCGGAUAGCCGUCACUUGUGACAAGAUCCGCGACUCGCGAAGAAGAGGAAGAGAAGACUAAGGCGGACCCCCGAAGACAGACGGGCCCAGUGUUAUCGUGGUUACACAGCUAGAGACAAGAGAGCGGAAGGUCCCCUCGUCAGUAAGAUGAUGAUCACGUUUGUGCAGAAGUCCCUGAUUCUCUUCGCCGUUCUCCUCUGCUAUUAUCAGUCCUGUGUCAGCGCAGCAGACUGCGAGCAAGAACCCUACCACCCGUCAUGCCGAGGUUCACAAGUGAGGAAGCGCCUGAUGCCCUUGCCUGUUAUGCGCGCUCUGAAUUGCGAAGAUGGAGACUGCAGGUUGCCCAGGAUGAAAUUUUUGAUCGCGAUUCUCGACGACCGCGACACUCCCUACAGGAACAAUGAAGUUCAUCCUUCCGACGCCAACUCCAUCCACACGCGCAGAGAGAAGGGCAAGAUGCGGAUGGAGGACUCGUAUAUGGACGACUACUGAUUCGACGAUCACUGAAUUAUGUCGACGCGAUUCGCACAGGGAUGACUGACCGAUCGACAACUUUUCAGACAUACUACUCGUCCGUUCGAUUACUUUUUAUUAUAUUAUCCGGCUUGAUUCCACCGUGUUCUCCCUGAUACAUCGUCUCUUCUCUUGUUUCCCUUAUUUCCUUGCAAAUUUGGCAGCGAUUAAGUACGUGCGUGCACGCAUGUUGUUAGCACUCUGACUUUUCGAUAAUAAACACUUGAAUCGCACAACGGAAAUGGCCAAUUUACUGUCUCGAUCUUGUAGAAAAGUAUUUAUAACAUUCGCACGCGAAACAAUUAUAACGCCCUUCGCGUUUUAACCCUUUACGCAUCCUGUUACAUUCUUAAAUGUGGCGUAGAAAGAUGAACGCUUAAAAAUAGUAUCGGACGUUUUGAUUCGAUCGAUUUUAUGGGAAUUAAUUAGGCGGGGAGUUCGCACCAGUUGUCACUUAAUCCCUGCUCUUUUACCGGUAUAUUUCAGCUCGCCGUACAUCAAUAAUUUCGAGACCGAGCGUGAUUAAAUUACCGAGCGUUAUUAAAUUUCAAACUAUCCUCCCGAUUGUUAUUUCGCCAACAUUUAAUUCGCGCCCAGGAAGGAUCGAAGCCCGUAGUUAAUUGACCCUAGACUCGUAUGCGCAUCCGUGCGCAAGGCGUGCAUAAUAAGAUAUUUCGCAUGCGAUCGGCUACAAUCGAGUUAUUGUACAUAAAAAGAUGUAAAACGAUAUAAUUAUAUAUACGUUGUUCCAAAUUGUGUUUCGAUUACAUUUCAAAUAAAGUAUAUGUACAUACUUGAUAAAAAAAAGAGAGAGAGAGAGAGAGAAAAGAAACGAAGGAGGCUUGUUAUGCGUCUAUACUUUCGGCAGCUGAACGUGUAUUAAUUGCAUCGCACACAACACCCAAUAAACUUCGAUCACGGCGUCAAUAUAUUUAUUGCUGUGGAAA